AUGCUUCUGAACAGCAUCGCAUUUGUUCCUGCCAUUGGGGCUUUGCUCAUUUUCAUGUCCAUCCUCACUGUCUUUACCAUAGUGUAUAGACUUUGGUUCUCCGACUUUUCGCAUAUCCCCGGCCCAAGGUUAUGCAAGAUCACAGGACUGGUUCUGGCGUAUUAUGAUUUGAAAUUACAACGAACCGCCAAAGUCCACGCGUGGCAUGAGAUUUAUGGCCCGAUCGUCUUGAUUGCGCCCGGCCAAGUCUCCUUCUCAGCGCCGUCCACCACCCGAGAGAUCUACGGGGCUGGUAGUCGUCAUCCCAAGAGCAGUUUCUUCGACAAUUUCAUCGCGUUCGGAGAACGAGCGACAUUCAACAGUCUCAGCUACGAAACGCAUCGUGAGAGGAGAAAUUAUAGCUUCUCUUUUUUCCAGCCCUCUUCCAUCUAUCAGCCCCAAUUUGUGGAGCCUAUUCGCGCGCGGGCGGCUGCUUUCCUAGAUCAGGUCAGACAGCAUUUCGACCGGAGCUCUGGCACCGCGACGGUUGAUUUCUUCCAGCUUGCUAAUCGCUACGCCUUUGAAAACAUUACAAACCUCCUGUUCGGCCCUGGUCACUGUACGUACACAGUUGAGAACUCCGCCACAGAGCUCGCCAUGCUAGACGACUUGAAGUACUGCGAGGUUUUCCAGCCACUCCUGUUCAAUUUGCCAUGGAUAUAUCAUAUCUUCCGCUUUUUAACCUCCAAAAUAUAUGGGGACCCUAUUUUCCUUUCGGGUGAACAUCGCCUAGAAGAAUGGACAGCCAGGAAAGUCGCCGACGGCCAACAUGACGACUUCAACGCUGUCGCUGCAUAUGUGGGAAAUGGACACGAUGGUACCCUGUUAAGGAGGUUGGAGCAGUGCAAAACCAAGUCAGGCGAGCCUCUGUCAGAGUCUUGGAUCAAUGCAGAGCUUCUGGAUAACUUGAACGCGGCGCAGAUGACCGUCACCGUCAGUUUGACUUAUGUGCUGUGGAACCUUGCCCGUAACCCCCAAUGGCAGAUCAGCGUUCGGCAAGAGAUUGCGAACCUUCCGAUGGGCGAAGACGAAUUUCCAUGUUUCGGCGAUAUCAACAAAGCUCCGAUCUUGGAAGCCUGCAUUAAGGAAUCCUACCGGCUCAAUCCCAUUUCGAGCGGCAGAGCUGAGAGGGUCGUGCCGACAGGCAAGGAAUAUGACGGUAUAUUUAUCCCGCAAGGAACGAUAGUUUCCACGUCGACCCUCGCCAUGCACCAUUCACGAUCAAUAUUCCCUAGACCCGAGGUAUACGACCCAGAUCGUUGGCUUCACCCCAGCCCUGAGCAACUUCGCACCAUGGAAAGACAUUACAUGCCCUUUGGUUAUGGCGCCCGUAUAUGUUUGGGCAAGGCAUUUGCCACGGUUGAGGUGAAACUUUUGGUUGCGUAUCUCUUGCUGCGGUUCCAUGUUACAGAAGACCCAACUUCUUUGACAGAUAUAAGGAGCAUGGAACAGUUGGGCACACAGGAUGCUUUACCCAGAGGACUACAAUGCAAUUUAAAGUUUAUCGGGGCAGUGUAA